AUGGCCUCCCCUUCAUCCAAGAUCCAUCAUGUUACUAACAAAUCCAGGGCUAAUUUGCGUACUCAAAAGAGACUUGCAGCCAGCAUUAUUGGUGCUGGUAAGAAGAAGGUCUGGUUAGACCCAAACGAGACUGAGCAAAUUGCACAGGCCAACUCCAGAGAGGCUAUCAGAAAGCUGUACAAAGACGGUUUGAUCGUCAAGAAGCCUCCUGUGGGACACUCCAGAGCUAGAGCUAGAGCUUUUGCCGAGGCUAAGCGUGCUGGUAGACACACCGGUUAUGGUAAGAGAAAGGGUACCGCUAACGCCCGUAUGUCCACUCAAACCUUGUGGAUGAGAAGAUUGAGAGUUCUUAGACGUUUAUUGGUCAAGUACCGUGACAACGGUAAGAUCGACAAAACCUUGUACCACACUUUGUACAGAGAGUCUAAGGGUAACGCUUUCAAGCACAAGCGUGCUUUGAUCGAGCACAUCAUCCAGGCUAAGGCCGAGGCUGCCCGUGAGAAGGUUCUGAAGGACGAGUCUGAGGCUAGAAGAGCCAAGAACCGUGCUCAACGUGAGAGAAGACAACAGAGACAGGCUGAGAAGAGAGAGGCUUUCCUGAACGAGGAAGCUUAG